GGCCGCUAGGAGCGUGUGUCUGGCUACGCCCCUCCCUGCCCGGCCCGCUGGCUGAAGGCCGCUGGGCUCACUUUGGCCCAAGGCAACCUGCGACGUCGGCGGCGGUGAAACCUUCGGAAGGGACUAAGAUGGAUCUUGUACUCAGUGCUGCAGAUUAUUAUUUUUUUACGCCGUACAUCUACCCAGCCUCGUGGCCCGAAGACGACAUCUUCCGACAAACUAUUAGUCUCCUAAUUGUAACAAAUCUUGGCGCUUAUAUCCUUUAUUUCUUCUUUGCAACACUGAGCUAUUAUUUUGUCUUUGAUCAUUCAUUAAUGAAGCAUCCACAGUUUUUAAAGAAUCAAGUCUAUAGAGAGAUUACGUUUACUGUGCAGUCAUUGCCGUGGAUUAGUAUUCCCACUGUUGCAUUGUUCCUGCUAGAGUUGAGAGGUUACAGCAAAUUAUAUGAUGACGUAGGAGAGUUUCCAAGUGGCUGGUUUCGGCUCAUUGUUAGUAUACUGUCCUUCCUCUUUUUCACUGACAUGCUGAUCUACUGGAUUCACAGAGGCCUUCAUCAUAGACUUGUGUAUAAGCGCAUACACAAACCUCAUCAUCUCUGGAAGAUUCCUACUCCAUUUGCAAGUCAUGCUUUUCACCCUGUGGAUGGCUUCCUUCAGAGUCUACCUUACCAUAUAUACCCUUUUAUCUUUCCACUACACAAGGUGGUUUACUUAGGCUUGUACAUCCUGGUCAAUAUCUGGACGAUUUCCAUUCAUGAUGGUGAUUUCCGUGUUCCCCACCUUUUAAGGCCAUUUAUUAAUGGCUCAGCCCAUCAUACAGACCACCACAUGUUCUUUGACUAUAACUAUGGGCAGUAUUUCACCUUGUGGGAUAGAAUUGGAGGCUCAUUCAAAAAUCCUUCCUCCUUUGAAGGGAAGGGACCACUUAGUUACGUGAAGAAGAUGACAGAAGAAAAGUGGAACAGCCACGCAGAAAACGGUUGUAAAAAUGAAAAAUUGUUCAGUGGAGAGCUUACAAAGACUGAGUAAUAGAUUUUUGCCCUGUUAUUGAAUACGACAAAAUAUUUUUAGUUAAGGAAAAAUAAUCUACAUACAUACAACCAAGAGACAUAG